CAUGAGAGCGUGUACAAGGCGCGUGCGCAGUGUCACCUUACGUGGCAUCGGCAGCAGUUGCUCAUGUUCUCAAAUAAGUUUUCUACAAUUUAGUGCAAAAACAUUUGUGGAUAUAUUCUUAGUUGUUAUGGUCCAAACUAACAAAUAACCAUUCAACUAUCAACCAUGAAUCCCCAAUAUAUGCAGCAGCAACCUCCUUAUUAUGGGGCGCCAAAUAACUUACCACCUCGUAGCGGGCUCAGUACUAACCUUCCUCCAGCUGCUCAAUUCAACGGAUCAGAUACCUCCCAAGGGUUUGCAGCUAAAAAUCCCAUACCAGGUCCCCCGAUGCACGAAUUGCCACCACCUUUGCAGCAGCAGCAAUCGUCUCAAUAUGCAAACAAUUCAAGAGGACCCUUGACAAAUGUUCAGCAACCUACUCCAGGAAUUGGUCAACCCCCGCACAUGGGUCAGCCUAUGGCCAAUCAAAAUAAUCUUGCAAAUCAAAUGUCGAAUUUAAAACUAGGAAAUCAACAAAGACCUCCUUCUGCGGGCUUCCCUCCUCAAGUUAUGAAAAGCAGUCCUGGAAUGCCGUUGCAAACAUCAAAUAUCAAUGGCUACAACAGUCAGUCAGAACAAGCUACUCCCAUAGAUUCUACAGCACAAUCUCAAUUUGACAGCCUACCUGGCGGCCCUUUACCUACAGGCCUAUCUUCUGGAUCUACGAUAACGAGUCAGCCAGGUCCCCCUAUUUCCCAGCCACCCGCUGUUUCUGGAUCAGCUGUGGGUACCCAGUACGCCAGACAAAUGCCGGCCGGUAAUAUUGGGUCACAAUUUCCUGGGCAAAUAUUAUCUGGACAGCAAAACCUACCUGGUCCACAUGUAUCUGGUCACAAAAAUUUACCUGGACCACCAUCGGGGCAGCCAAAUUUGUCUGGACCAAUGCCACCUGGGCAUCAAUCCAACUUAUCCGGACCCCUACAGCAACAGCAAACAAUGUCGGGGCCUCCAAUUUCUGGGCAACAGAAUUUAUCCGGACUGCCUUUGUCGUCACAGCCAAAUUUGGCUGGGCCUCCAAAUCAAGCUCAUCUAGGUGGGCCACCUUUGCCCGGACAGAGCCAACCGGCAGGACCACAUAUGCCUGCACCUCUUAUGCAGGGGCAGCAACAAUACUUAUCCGGACCCCCAUUGCCUGGACAGCAGUCAAUGGUUGGACCACAUGGAAUAAGUCGGCAACCAACUGGGACAAUGCCACCGUAUCAACAGCAAGGGUAUCCGCAACAAGUAUAUACUGGACAGCCUGACAUGUAUGGCGGACAAAGAAGUCCUUACCAGGGUGCUGUACCACCUCCAGCAGGUCCAGGAGGAUUUCAGCCGGGAAUGCAGCCAGGUGCACAGCCCCAGCAACAGAGGAGGUUGGAUCCUGAUCAUAUGCCAAGUCCUAUCCAAGUAAUGCUGGACGAUCAGCAGAGCAAGGGGGGACCAUUCGUUACAAAUCAGAAGGGACUUGUUCCACCAUUGGUUACAACAAACUUCACAACUCAGGAUCAAGGACAUGCUUCACCCAGAUUCAUCAGAUCUACUAUGUACACCAUUCCAACGACAACAGACAUAUUGAAACAGACCAGCGUUCCAUUCGGCCUCAUAAUAAGCCCCAUGGCUAAAGUUGCAGAAGGAGAAUAUGAUCCGCCCAUAGUUGAUAUGGGAGAAAUUGGUCCUGUGCGUUGCAUACGCUGCAAAGCGUACAUGAGUCCUUUCAUGUCAUUCAUAGAUGCUGGUCGACGGUUUCAGUGCAUGUUUUGCAAAGCUACAACAGAAGUUCCAGCUGAAUAUUUCCAACAUUUGGAUCACACGGGUCAGAGAAUGGAUCGCUAUGAACGGCCGGAACUUGUUUUGGGAACAUACGAAUUUGUAGCAACAAAAGAUUAUUGCAGAAAUAACACCUUCCCAAAACCACCAGCCCUGAUAUUUGUUAUCGACGUGUCAUACAACAACAUUAAAUCCGGAUUAGUACAUUUGCUGUGUUCUGAGAUGAAAAGAAUUGUUCGUAAUUUUCCCGUCGAUGCUGGACAAACGAGGACUAACGUGAAAGUUGGGUUCAUCACAUACAAUAAUACCGUUCACUUCUACAAUAUCAAAGCCUGUUUAGCUCAGCCGCAGAUGAUGGUCGUCGGGGAUGUCCAAGAAGUUUUCAUGCCUCUUCUAGAUGGUUUCUUAUGUGAUGCUGAGGAGAGUGAAUCGGUUAUCGACAGUCUCAUGACUCAAAUUCCAGCCAUGUUUGCUGAUACUCGGGAAACAGAAACUAUACUUGGCCCUGCCAUUCAAGCUGGACUGGAAGCACUAAAGGCGUCGGAUUGUACUGGAAAAUUAAUAGUUUUUCACUCAACUUUACCGAUAGCAGAAGCACCUGGAAAGUUAAAAAAUCGUGACGAUCGUAAACUAUUGGGGACAGAAAAAGAAAAGACUAUAUUGGCUCCACAGACGAAUGUGUACAAUAACUUAGGACAAGAGUGCGUUGGGGCAGGCUGCAGCGUAGAUUUAUUUAUUUUCAAUAAUUCGUACAUCGAUAUUGCAACGAUUGGUCAGGUUGCACGCCUGACUGGUGGAGAAGUUUUCAAAUACACAUAUUUCCAGGCGGAUCUAGACGGAGAACGAUUAAUAACAGAUAUCAUCAAUAACAUCAAACGGCCCAUAGCAUUUGACGCUAUAAUGCGAGUUCGUACAUCGACUGGAGUUAGAGCCACAGAUUUUUACGGUCACUUCUUUAUGUCUAACACCACUGACAUGGAGUUAGCCAGCAUAGAUUCUGACAAGGCAGUGGCCAUUGAAAUCAAACACGACGAUAAGCUUGUGGAUGAAGAAGGUGUAUAUAUUCAAGUAGCUCUCUUGUACACAUCCUGCAGCGGAAUCAGAAGACUGCGAGUGAUAAACUUGGGACUACGUACCUCCUCUCAAAUGGCAGAAUUGUACCGGGCCUGUGAUCUGGAUGCUAUAGUUAACUUUUUCUCCAAACAGAGUGUUUUCAAGUUAAUCGAGGCUUCCCCGAAGGCGGUGAAGGACAACCUAAUUUCACGUUGUGCCACAAUGCUCGCUGUGUACCGAAAGCACUGCGCUUCUCCCUCCAGUGCUGGGCAAUUAAUUUUACCUGAGUGCAUGAAACUUUUACCACUUUAUGUCAACAGUAUUCUGAAAAGCGAUGCUAUUUCCGGAGGAGCUGAUAUGACCAUCGACGAUAGAUCAUUCGUUAUGCAGGCUGUGGCGACAAUGGAUAUUCCAACUUCCGUCGCUUACUUUUACCCCAGAUUAUUACCACUUCACGACGUUGAUCCACAGAGCACAGAAAUGCCUCAGAUGGUUCGUUGCUCAAUUGAUAAAUUUACCGAGGAUGGAGCUUAUCUACUAGAAAACGGUAUCCACAUGUUCCUUUGGCUGGGACUCGGUUUGUCGUCACAAUGGGUGCAAGCCGUAUUUGGAGUCCCAUCUGUAGGGCAAGUUGACGUCGAUCGCACGGUACUGCCAACCCUGGACACUCCACUGAACCAUCGCGUUGUCGAAAUAAUAACGCAAGUUCGCUCGCAGAGAUAUCGGUGUAUGCGGUUGACGAUCGUCAGGCAACGAGAGAAGCUUGAGAUGGUGAUGCGACAUUUCUUGGUAGAAGACCGCGGCGGUGACGGGAGCGCGAGCUACGUAGACUUCCUGUGUCACAUGCACAAAGAGAUAAGGACACUUCUUAGCUAAUGAAUAUCCCAGAGACGACCGUGAAAAAUCUACCUGUUCACUACUCAAAAUGAAUUUCAAUUAUUAAGUAAUGCGAAAAAGAACCACUUGGUUGUUGUAUAAAAUAAACCAUACUAUGAAGUUAUAUGAAAUAAAAUACAACGUCACGGAGAGUAGUCGGGGGUAUCAAUACUUGCAAUGAUGCAUUAUUAUCAAAAGUAGGCAUACCUCGUUAACGUCGUUGAAUGUGUCCGUUGUAUAUCGUGAAGAGGAGCACAGUGAUUUAUACAUAUACGAAUAAUUGUAAACGUAAAUUGUAUCAUUAAUUUCUUUUGAUUAACCAAUUAUUAUCAUAAAUUAAAUGCUGACAUUUAUUAAAUCAA